CUAGUGGGCGUCGAGCCGUGUCACCACGUUGAAGGAAGAUAUUGCAUACUCAUCGUUUGGCAUCUUCGGCGUCCAUUUGAAUGUCAUCUAUGGCGAGAUGAAACAAAACGCGCUCGGACGACUCUUGCAGGAGAUUAUAGCACAUUUGGGGGACAUUUCUGCCUUGGCCUGGGUUGGACAAUCAUCCAACUUCAAUAGUUGUAUUCGAGCUGAAAUUGCCUCAUACAAAGUUCCGCCAUGUCCGCUGCCAUCUCUAUCCGAAGACGAAAUACAGACAUCCGUCUCCACAUUGCAAAAUACUGUUCCCGUGGAGUCGGCUUCGAACCUGUAUGCCCUCCUUGCUUGACAACCUCAGUGCUCCUCGUUUCGCAAAUUCCAGACUGCCUCUACCUUGCAUUAUAUUUCCUCUCACAAUAGUCAGACGGAGCCCUGUUCAAGACCUGAAGACAUGUCUCACAUACGAAGUCAAAGCAGACGGGCUUCAAGACAUGUUAAUCACCACAGAAGAUAAGCUGAUUCCACUCUCGCGGGUAAAGUCUACUCGGCAGCCAUACUCGCUCGUCCGUCCGUGGAAUCGUUAUGGCCUCGAGCUGCCUGACCUCGCGGAGGGCGUGGACGAUUGGUCGGAGCCUGGGUCUCCAUUAGACAAUUUGCUCAACGG